AUGGGUGAUCACAAUGUCACUUUGAUUGAUGAUGUGGAUGCGCUGAGGGACGAUUUGACACUAAAAGUUCGUGUCAUAAACUUGUGGAAACAUAUGUCAUGCUACAACAAGGAUGACAUUUGGGCAAUUGAAUUAAUCUUACUUGAUGAAAAGGGGAGCAAAAUCCAAGCUACUGUCUACAAAAAAUGUUUGUAUCGAUUCAUAAAUAUGUUAAAGGAUGGGUCAGCUUUUUACAUCACAAAUCCAAGUGUUGCAUCACAAAAGCCCAGUAUUUUCAAAUUAACUCCUCAAGAUCAAAAACUAACAUUUGUCCAAGAUACUGUUGUUACAAAAUGUGCAGAAUUUUCUGGAACUAAAUUUGAAUUUUCAUUUAUUGAGUAUGAAUCUAUACUCUCAUUUCUACAUCCUCAAGAUACAUCUGUUGAUGUUAUUGGUUUGGUAGUUGCUGUUAGUGAGAUGAUGAGAGAUAAUUCAGAUAAGUCUAAAGAUAAGUCUAAACACAGGCUAACGAUUCACAUCCAAGAUGCAAGUGCUUUGCAACUCCGUGUAAUUUUGUGGGGUGAUUAUGCGUACAAGAUGCAGAAUUACAUAGAUAACAAUCCACCAAAUCAACAUACCGUCCAAGUGUUAACACCUACUUUACAUCUUCAAAGUUGUUCAUCAAUUCUGACAUUGAUGAAAUUACUCUCUUCAAAAAAAGAUGUGGAUGAUCGUCCUGAUUCGUCUUCAAAUACAAUUUCAGUUAUUGAAUCUAAACAACUUUCUGAAUUUGAUGAUUUCUUAGUUAGAACUAAGCUCAAGACUAUUGCUGAGAUUUUUGAACCCCUCGAGGUAUUUAUUUUAAUUUUGUUAACUGUUGGAAGCGAUUCAUCUGCUGUUCAUCGAAUAACGGGUUUUUCAAACUGGCUUUUGGACAUAGGAGAAGGUAAUCUUGGUGGUCCGAAUGAUGGUGAAGCAAUUGUUGAUAUUCCAGAAGACAUUCUCAUUAAUGAUCUAUGUGAUCCUAUUGGCUCAUUAAUCAAUUUUGUAUAUCCUUCCAUUCUUGAAACUUCAACAUUGCGGUUUAUUUUCAAGAAAGAGCAAUACUUGCUCCCAAGAAUGAAGUUGUCCAAGAAAUAA